AUGGAGUUCAAGCUCAACAUUCCAAAUACAAUCAUUAAAACUCUACAGACUAUAGUCUUCUUUCUCUUUGUUCUUCUUGCAUUCCAAAUCGCGGAAGCCGAGAUUCACCACCACACUUUCAAGAUAAAGUCGAAAGCGUACACACGACUUUGUAAUACCAACAAGAUAUUGACGGUGAACGGAGAAUUUCCCGGACCAACGUUAAAAGCCUACCGUGGUGAUAAGCUCAUCGUCAAUGUCAUCAACAAUGCAAACUACAACAUUACUCUCCAUUGGCACGGAGCAAGACAAAUCAGGAAUCCAUGGUCGGACGGACCCGAAUAUGUGACUCAAUGUCCGAUCCGACCAGGAGAGAGCUAUGUGUAUAGAAUCGAUCUUAAGGUCGAAGAGGGAACGAUUUGGUGGCAUGCUCAUAGCCAAUGGGCACGUGCCACCGUCCAUGGAGCUUUCAUUGUCUACCCCAAACGUGGCUCAUCUUAUCCUUUUCCUAAGCCUCAUCGUGAAAUCCCGCUCAUUCUAGGCGAAUGGUGGAAGAAGGAAAACAUAAUGCAUAUACCAGGAAAAGCUAAUAAAACCGGAGGAGAACCGGCCAUCUCUGACUCAUAUACCAUAAACGGACAACCCGGUUAUCUAUACCCCUGCUCUAAACCGGAAACAUUCAAAAUAACGGUGGUGCGUGGCCGUCGAUACCUUCUACGGAUUAUCAACGCCGUGAUGGACGAAGAACUCUUCUUUGCAAUCGCAAACCACACCUUAACCGUUGUAGCCAAAGACGGUUUCUACUUAAAACAUUUCAAAUCUGAUUAUCUAAUGAUCACUCCGGGACAAUCUAUGGACGUCCUCCUCCAUGCGAACCAACGGCCUAACCACUACUUUGUGGCGGCCAGAGCUUACUCCUCCGCAUUUGGUGCCGGUUUUGACAAAACCACCACCACAGCCAUAUUACAAUACAAAGGUGAUACCUUAAACCGGAUUAAACCGAUUCUACCCUAUCUGCCUCCUUACAAUCGUACCGAGGCAUCUACCCGGUUCACUAACCAAUUCAGAAGUCAGCGUCCGGUUAACGUCCCGGUUAAAAUCAACACUCGUCUUCUCUACGCGAUCUCCGUGAACUUGAUGAAUUGCUCCGACGAUAGACCUUGUACCGGUCCGUUCGGUAAGAGAUUCUCUUCGAGCAUUAACAACAUCAGCUUCGUGAACCCAUCGGUCGACAUUCUCCGAGCUUAUUAUCGCCACAUCGGAGGCGUUUUCCAGGAGGAUUUCCCGAGAAAUCCGCCGACGAAAUUCAACUACACCGGUGAGAAUCUUCCAUUUCCGACUAGGUUCGGGACGAAAGUUGUGGUUCUCGAUUAUAACUCGAGCGUUGAGCUGAUUCUACAGGGGACAACCGUGUGGGCUUCGAAUAUUCACCCGAUUCAUCUGCAUGGGUAUAACUUCUACGUCGUGGGUUCGGGUUUUGGGAAUUUCGAUCGUCGUAAAGAUCCGUUGAGGUAUAACCUAGUUGAUCCACCGGAGGAGACAACCGUCGGUGUUCCUCGUAACGGUUGGACCGCCGUCAGAUUCGUAGCUAAUAAUCCAGGGGUGUGGUUGUUGCAUUGCCAUAUAGAGAGACAUGCCACAUGGGGAAUGAACACAGUGUUCAUAGUGAAAGAUGGACCGACUAAAUCUUCCCGUAUGGUCAAGCCUCCUCCUGAUCUUCCUUCUUGUUAG